GGAAAAGGCCCAGCAGCUGUCAGAGCAAAGGGACAUGUCGCAGCUAAGUAAGAAUCUGGGUGAUUCCAGUCCCCCGGCGGAGGCCCCCAAGCCUCCGGUCUAUAGCCGCCCUACGGUUCUGAUGCGGGCCCCGCCUGCCUCCUCUCGGGCUCCACCAGUCCCUUGGGAUCCACCUCCGAUUGACAUGCAGGCUUCAUUGGCCGCUUGGCAGGCACCUCAGCCGGCCUGGGAGGCCCCGCAGGGGCAACCGCCUGCCCCAGUGGCUGCCGUGGCUCAGCCUCCUGCCCUAGGGGGCCCAAUGGUCCAGGGUCCCCCUCUGGGAGGCCCCAUGGGCAAGCCUCCGACACCCGGAGUCCUGAUGGUCCACCCUCCUCCUCCGGGAGGCACGAUGGCCCAGACUCCCGCUCCCGGAGUCCUGAUGGUUCACCCUUCAGCUGCGGGAACCCCCAUGGCCCAUCCUCCCCCUCCGGGAACUCCGAUGGCCCACCCUCCCCCUCCGGCGACCCCGAUGGUGCACCCACCCCCUCCGGGGACCCCAAGGGUGCACCCUCCCCCUCCGGGAACACCCAUGGCCCAUCCUCCCCCGCCGGGGACACCGAUGGCCCAUCCACCCCCUUCGGCGACACCAAUGCCCCAGACUCCAGCUCCGGGAGUCCUGAUGGCACAGCCUUUGACGCCAGGAGUCCUGAUGGUCCAGCCUCCGCCUCCUCCUGGAGCCCUGAUGGCCCAGCCUCCGCCUCCGGUAGCCCCGAUGGCCAAGCCUCCAGGUCCCGGCGUGCUGAUGAUCCAUCCUCCGGGUUCCAGAGCAUCGAUCACCCAAGCUCCAGCUUCGGGAGCUCCGAUGGCGCAGCCGGCGGCCCCACCUGCACAGCCUCUGGCAUCCUGGGCUCCGCAGGCUCAGCCUUUGAUCCUGCAAAUCCAGUCUCAGGUUAUAAGGGCUCCUCCGCAGGUUCCCCAGGCCCCGCAGGCCCCGCAGGCGCAGCUGGCCACGCCCCCGGGCUGGCAAGCCAGCUCUCCCGGGUGGCAGGCCCCACCACAAGGCUGGCAGGCCACGCCCCUGGCAUGGCAGACCACGCAGGUAACCUGGCAGGGCCCGACGAUCUCCUGGCAGGCGCAGCAGCCAGUGCGCCAGGGUCCGCCGCCGGUGCGCCAGGGUACGCCGCCAGUGCGCCAGGGUCCACCGCCCAUUCGACCCGGCCCGCCGCCCAUCAGACCCGGCCCGCCGCCGGUGCGCCAGGCCCCGCCCUCGAUCCGGCAGGCCCCGCCGCUGAUCCGCCAGGCACCACCGCCCAUCCGGCCUGCCCCGCAGGUCUUGGCCACUCCGCCGCAGCUCUGGCAGGCCCUGCCGCCCCCACCUCCGCUGCGCCAGGCCCCGCAGGCUCGGCUGCCCACCCCGCAGGUGCAGGCGGCCCGGCAGGUGCAGGCGGCUUCGCAGGUGCAGGCGGUCCCACAGGUGCAGGCGGUCCCACCGGCCGCGCAAGUGCCUGCGGGGCCUCCCGCCUGCCCGCAAGCGUCCCAGGUGCCACCGCGCGCCCCGCAGGCCGCGCACUGCCCGCCUAUCAUCUGGCAGGCCCCCAAAGGCCAAGCCCCAGUGCCGCACGAGAUGCCGACGUCGAUGGAGUUUCAGGAGGCGCAGCCGGCCCAAGCACUAGCGUGGCAGGCUCCGAAGGCCCCUGCGCACUACUGGCAACCCCUGGCCACACAGGAGACCCAGCGACAGGGCCCUCCGCUGGUCCCGCUGGAGCAGCCCUUUCAGGGAGCCCCGCCCUCCCAGAAGGCCCUGCAAAUCCAGCUAUCCGCCCAGCAGGCCCAGCCCUCGGGCCCGCAAGCAGAGCUGCCUACCCUGCAGCUCCAGUCCUCCUGGCAAGCACCGCCAGGAGUCCUGCAGGCCCAGCCCGCCGCUUCCGUAGCGGCGGCAAAUUUUCACAUGGGUUCCACUAAAUCACUGAUGACUCCCCCAUCAGGAGAAUCCAGGGCCUCUUCAAUAGAACGUAGGGGCUCCUCGAAGGAACGCAGGACCUCUUCCAAGGAGCGCAGGGCUCCGUCCAAGGACCGCAUGAUCUUUGCUGCCACUUUUUGUGCUCCAAGGGCAAUGUCCACUGCCCGGGCACACCUGCCAACCGCCUGGAAAAACUUGCCUGCCACAUCAGAGACUUUUACUGCCACCUCAAGGGUCUUUUCAGCUACCUCCCAUGUCCAGCCUGCCUCUUUUAAUGCCUUUAAGGGUCCGUCUGCCACCUCAAAGACCCCGAAGUCACUGCCACUUGCUCUUCAGGAUCCAUUUGCCUGUGUGGAGGCCCUGCCUGCAAUCUCCUGGGAUCCACAGCCCACCUCCAAUGCCUCCAAGGCAUCGAAGGCAGCAUCCUCCAUCCUGAUGGCUACAGCAGCUGCCCCCCAGGCAACAGCCACCACUGAUGGCACCUCAAAGACCACCGAGGAGCGUCGCCCAGGCAAAGUCACCCGGAAGAAGAAGCACCUGGAUGCCAGAGAGGACAGCAGUCGUCAUAUGUUGGCCCUACAUAAUUGGCAGGCCCCGAGGCCCUGGGAAAAUCUGAACUUGAGUGACUGGGAGGGCCAAAGCCCCAUCCACCUUCUGGGUGACUGGGAGGCCCCAUUCACUUCCCGUGGCCUGAAUGGCUGGGAGGGCCCAAGUACCUCCAGGAUCCUGAGUGGCUGGGAAUGGCCCAGCACAUCCUGGGCUCUGAGUGCCUGGGAGUGUCCAAGCACUACGAGGGCCCUGAAUCUCUGGGAAAGCCCAGGGAGCCCUGAGCCCAUGAUCAUCUCUGAAGCCCCAAAUCUCUCUAAGGGGCCCAGUGCCACCCAGGAUGAGCCCAAGAUGGAGACUCAACCACUGUCUCCCUUGGAUGAGAGAGCAAACGCAUUAGUGCAUUUCCUCUUGGUCAAGGACCAAGCUAAGUUGCCAAUCAAACGCUCGGAGAUGGUGAAAGUCAUCAUUCGCGAAUAUAAAGAUGAGUGCUUAGAUAUCAUCAACCGAGCCAACAAUAAGCUAGAGUGUUUCUUUGGUUAUCAAUUAAAGGAAAUUGAUCCAAAAAAACACUCAUAUAUCAUCAACAAGCUGGGGCGUCGUAAAGAUGACCCAAUGGCAUCCUAUUUUGACACGCCCAAGCUGGGUCUCCUGAUGGUGGUCCUGAGUUUCAUUUUCAUGAAGGGCAACUGUGUCAGGGAGGAUCUCAUCUUUGAUUUUCUGUUCAAGUUAGGGUUGGAUGUCCAGGAGACACAUGCUUUCUUUGGAAACACCAAGAAGCUCAUCACCGAAGUGUUUGUAAGGCAGAGGUAUCUAGAGUAUAGGCGUAUCCCUCACACUGAGCCAGCACAAUAUGAGUUCCUGUGGGGUCCCCGAGCAUUCCUUGAAACCAGCAAGAUGCUCAUCCUGAGGUUUAUGGCCAGGCUCCAUAAGAAAGACCCACGGUCUUGGCCAUUCCAUUACCUCGAAGCACUGGCAGAGUGUGAAUCUGAAGAUCUCGAAGAGGAUGACGCAGGAUCUGGUGAUAAUGCCGGUGGGCCCCCCACCAGCAGUUCCCCUCCCCGCUAACAAGUUGUAUCAGAGAUUGUUCCUUUCCGGCCCCCUGCCAAAGGCCACUGACAGGAUGCGGGAACACUUUGUUUCUGGUGUUUAUGUUCCGGUUGUAUGUGUGUAAGUUUGGGUUUUUCAAUUUGAUUUUGUAUCUGCCAAAGCUUUGUAUAUUUUAAUGUGGUGUUGAUUUCAAUUGGCAACUGUUCUAUUUGGCAUUUUUUUUGCAUCUGUAUUUUUAAGUGAGAUCUGUGGUUUUCCUGUUUUGUGUUUUAAUUGUUAUAUUUUGGUAUCAGAGUUGUGCUGGCUUUGUGAAAUGAAUCAAGAAGCUAUCCAUUUCAUGCUGGUACAGUUUAUGUAGUAUUAAAAUAGGCAGUUCUUUGAAAGUUAAAAUGACUCACCAGUAAAAAUUUGU